AGUACAUAGUUAUCCUUGCUUGCUUUACAGUGGUCGCUGUUAUUGACAGUUAUUUAAAGAAUACAAUGGUAUUUGACUGGUAAAUAAUGUAAUCAAGAGGGGGUUAUCCAAUCACGGAUUGUCAGAAACACAUGGCAAGCAACUUGAAAUUUAGUUUUUGAGGCGCACCAUGGCAGCUCGCUCAAGCUACAAUGAAGAGAGGAAUCUCCUUCGCAUCCGAGAGUGGGAGAGGCGAAACCAGGAAGGCCUCCAGGAGAAGGAGUUCUACCAGGAGAACGUUCCCCUCUUUGGGGAACCCUACAAGACAAACAAAGGAGAUGAGCUUUCCGGCCGUAUACAGAGGAUGCUGGGUAGUUAUGAAGAUGUGAAAAACCCCAACUCUCAUCUGUGUUUGGACAGUAGCUUCUCUAAUGACCCUCCAUCUCACGUCACCAAAACAUAUAGGCGGCCAUCUCACAGCCGAGACAGAGUGAAGCCUCCAUUCCAGAACACUCCUCUGUACAGGGCAGGCCAGAGUGGUAGUGGUGGUCCCUCCAUUAGCAGUCAAACUUCUCAGCCUCUGAAGAGGCUCCCUGGUCCCUCCUCCCACACCCAGUCCUCACUGGGUCUCAGUCAAGGCCAGGCCAGCCCUGAUCCCAUCCAGGGGAAAGCUGAACCCUGCCCCUGGCCAGACCUGAGGGAGUGUGCCAGUCUUACUCUGGUCCUCUCCACCCUAACCCCCCCAGCUGAGCCCUUAUCCCCCCUACAUUCCAGUGACCCCAGCGACUCUGAGCCCCAGGACACCCCCGACAGGCACCAAGGAUCCCCCCUGCACCCCAACUCCCCUGUCCCAAUGGAGGGGUCCCGUCUUGAUGACCCCCAGAGAGACAUCCCACUUCUGGCCAUCGAGGGAGCAACAACCCUGCCCUCUCAGACAUUCCCUCUACCACUGGCCUCUAAACUAAACCUGGUCAUGCCCCAGAAGCCCACAGCCUACGUCCGGCCCAUGGACGGCCAGGACCAGGUGACCAGCGAGUCUCCGGACCUCAAGCCCUCUCCUGAAGGCUUCCAUGGACAGUCUUAUCAUGAACCCUUACCAGACUUGAAAAGCACCAAGCCCAGCCUUUCCAAACUGAAGAUUCCAUCACACUCUAUAGAGACUCUGUCAAAUGAAGCUCACUGUGUGGAGGACAUUCUGAGGGAAAUGACCCACUCCUGGCCUCCUCUCCUGACUGCCAUCCACACACCCAGCACAGCUGAGCCCUCCAAGUUCUCCUUCCCAGUCAAGGAAGCACAGCAUGUCCCACCUGCAUUUCCAGGACAAAAACACUAUGGAUCACCUCCACUAGCCCCUUCCUCCACACUCAUCUGUCAACAGAGCUCAUCUACGGUUGUAGCAACACAUUCCAGUGGGGUGGAGUCAGCCAGCUCCAAUGACUCCGAGAGCAGCUCAGGGUCAGACUCAGACAGUGAGAGCAGUGAGAGUGGGACAGAGGAGGCCCCACAACCCCUCAGGAGCAGCAGCCCACCAGUACCCAAGGCUGAAGGCCCCGUGGUGACUAACUGGCAGCUGAAUAACUGGAUCAGAGUGAGCCAGCAGAACCCCAUCACAGAGAGCCAGAGUGACACUGUCCAAAGCCCUCUACCGAAACAGCAGCAGAGCCAUGACUCAGAGGAGGCCAUUCCUCCCAGGGACUACAAAUCCCACACACCACCACAAUACCCAGAGUUCAGCGAUAGUGAAGCCAAACCUCCAGGCAGUGAGGACAUUGCCUGCAAACAGCAUGUCCGCCACAAGUCCCCGGCCGCCUCACAUGUUGGGGACAGCAGCAGCAGCAGCCAGAGAAAAACUGUGGGGAACAAACACCCCUCCAGACCAGUUAAGGCUCCCCGUCCUGAGGACUCCCAGGCUGGGCUGCGGGUGGAGAGUGUGGAGGUGGCCCCCCGCGACAAAGACCCCUCGUUCACAGACAGGCCAAAGGUCAAAACGAAAACCGGGCACAGCAGCAAGAGUGGCAGCGCCAUAACGGACAGUAAGAAGUCUGCCAAGCGCAACUCUUUGGAGAAGAGGAAGACUAAACUACCAGAGUCUGGAAGCAGUGGUCCCAAGAUGACUCUGAUGCUGGACUGUAAGAGGGAGAGGUCUCGCAGUCCCAGCCCUGCCCGGGUGGUGGAAACCUCCGUCAGUGUCAGGAAAGAGACCCUCCCGGCCCCUCAGAAGGGCCAGAAAACGCCCAGGAGCUACUCUGCAGCUGCAGCACACCAGGCCAAACGGGAGUCCUCAGCCAAAGCUUCCAGGGCCCCCCAGGGACCUCCACAUGCCCUGCUGGUAAAGAUUGAGCUCAAUCUGCUGUCCAGGGUCCCUCCCCAGGGCUCCAGGCCUUCUCAGGGAGGCCAGGAACCAACCAGCAGGAAGAGACCCAACACAGCCCCAGAGAUUGGAGAUGGCGACCCUGCUUUCCCCAUCACUACCAAAGUCUGCAAAAAGAGACCGGCUGAGAAGGAUGUGAAAUCCCUGCCAAGGAAGAAGCCAAAACUGGAGAAAGAUCGCAAGCACUCCUCUUCAUGUCCUGGUUCCUGCAAGUCUGCGACGCCCAAGAACCCUGGAGAGGAGGAGGAGAGGAAGCGGUCUAAGAAGGGGGCUUCUGUCCCUCUGCAAGACCCUGGGAAAGAGCCGGGGGUGCGCAAGCGGCAUGCAGGGGAGGCCCCAGAGCCCAACGCUGCCUCAGCAGCCAAAAGCAGGGACAGGGAGGCCUCCACCCCCGUCAAACACAAGAAGGGAACUGGGAAACGACACACAGAGCAUUCCAAGACUGGCAAGGCCCCCAAGAGCAGCUUUGCCUUCUCUGUGCCUGCCCAGCCCACCGGGGGUUCCCUGUCCUCCAGACCCCUGCUCAAGGUCGAGGACAGGCAGCACCCAGUAGAGUAUCAUAUGAAGGAAGCCAAAAAACUCAAGCACAAAGCAGAUGCCACGUCUGAUAAGGUGGGCAAAGCUUUCAACUACCUCGAUGCUGCCAUGUCCUUUGUGGAGAGCGGCAUCGCUAUGGAAACAGAUCCCCAUACCCCGAAGUCGGCAUAUACGAUGUUCGCUGAAACCUUGGAUCUAAUAAGGUUCAUACUGAAACUGAAGGGUUCUGUGGACCCCUCUGCCCCUGUUACAGACAAGGAUUUUACAAUUUUAUGUAUGAGGUGCCAGUCCCUUCUACAGAUGGCCAUGUUUCGCUACAAAAGAGAAACGGCACUUAAGUAUUCAAGGACCCUCACAGAUCAUUUCAAGAGCUCCUCCAAGUCUGCAGCUCCCUCCCAAUGUGUCUCAAAGUAAGUAUUUUACCUAGUGUUUGUCCUCUGCGCAGCCUUUUCCCUUUGUGUGUCCUGUCUCCUGCUUUUGCAUUUAGUCAGAAUUAUUAGAGUUAUAGCUUGAUUUCCUGUACAAACUAUUUCUCUCAUAGGGUGUCCAAUCAAACACAUAUUUUGACCAAUGAGUAAAUUAACCUCAUGUCUAUAUAACAAUCCGUUCAAAAGUCAUUGGAGUUUUUACCCUUGUAGGAUGGCUAAAAUUAGGGUGACUAAAUCAAUGGAGGCUAGACGAGGGGAAAAAGUGGUAAAAUAGCAACUUUCUUUUCUAAUCCGGAGGACAUAAGAAUAUAGAGAUGCUAGAAAUCGAUUUUUAGACAUGACAUGUAUUUUCAUAUUUUAGUA